CUCAAAUGGAAUAUAGCCAAUGUGUUGCUAAGAUAAAGAAGAAUAGUUUCAUAUUCAUACUAUUCUUCUUAUUACUCUACGUAUUAACAAGUUCCAAAGAACAAGUUGAAUAUAACCUAAAAGUCAGACCGCCUUUAGAAGGUAAACCGGAUAGUAGGAUGCUAUUUGUGAAUUCCUCACAAUGCCAAAUAAUUUCCAUGGAUCCUCUUUCACCCAUGGCGAUGUACCAUAUGACAGAAAUGCCCACAUUUUGGUGCCCUAUGAUCAAGCUGAUGAAGGCGAAAUCCAUUGAGGAAAGAAACUACCUGUACUUGACCGCCAAUGCAAAGCAGCUUUGGCAAAAGUUGGGAGUUCGAAGGCUAAGCGAAAUCUCUUGCGCCUACAAACGCUUCGUGCGCUUGAAUGACUUUUUGAACAGGUACUUUGAAAUGAAAGUCUUUCGUUUUAGCAAAUGGAGUAACUUCACAGAGGUAGAGCCAGGUAACAUAACUCUGCGUGUUUGGUGCUGGAUGGACUAUGGUCGCCUAGUGUUUAACGAUGUCUUUAUAUUUCUACCAUUCCCAAAGGACCGGAUAUUCAACGUUACUAAUUCUGAAGCAGCGAAUCGUCUUUCGGUUCUAAUUCUGGGUAUAGACUCUAUUUCCCACAUGCAUUACCAGCGCUACUUCAGUCGAGUAAAAGACUUAAUCGAAGGUCUGCCACACAUUGAACUAUGGGGCUACAACCGCGUCGGGCGAAAUUCGUACCCGAAUCUGAUUCCCUUGUUUAGCGGUCAGAGUGUGGAUGAACUGGAGUCCAGAAGUGGAUGCUUCAAACCAAAUAAGAAGGAUAAUUUCGAUCGGUGUCGCUUUUUGUUUCGUGAUUUUAAGGAUGCCGGCUAUGCCACCAUUUUUGGCGAGGAUUCUCGCGUGGGUGGAACCUUUACUUACGUAAGACCUGGCUUUAAGCGUCAACCAACCGACUUUUAUCUGCGAAGUGUGCUGAACGAAAUCCACAAGCGAUCCACUUAUUACGCACGAGGACCAAUUGAAAUCAAAUGCAGCGGCAAUCGGAUAUAUCAUCAUGUUCUGUACGACUUUAUCUACCGUUUGCUGCCCCAUAUGCAGGCAAGAUGUUACGAUCGAGGAUUCUUUGCCUUUUUUUGGCAGACAAUGGGCGUCCACGAUUAUUUCCAAUACGGCGACCGGGCCGACCGUCAGUACUAUUGGAUUCUGCGUGCCCUAAAAAGGCGAAACAUUUUUGAGAGGACUCUGGUGCUGAUCUUGUCCGAUCAUGGCCUGCGAUAUGGUCCUUUUGUGGACACAUUUCAGGGCAUGAGAGAAACAUCGCUGCCCACAAUGGUGGCAAUAUAUCCACGAUGGCUACGUGAACGAUAUCCGUUGGCCUUGGCAAAUCUCGAAGCGAAUGCCCACCGCCUAGUGACCACUUACGAUCUGCACGAGACCCUAAAAGAUGUGAUCGAUCUGGAAAACCUAAGUGACGAGCGAAUUUUGAACCGCACUCUGCGACUGCGAAACGAUCACAACGUUUCAUUAUUCCUGCCCAUUCCUGAGGAGCGUAGCUGCUUUUCAGCCCGCAUUCCACUGCAUUAUUGCCAAUGCGAUGGAUUUCUCAAGAUACCAUGGAAUGCGCGUAGUGUCCAGCGGAUUGCCAAGCUUGCUGUGGAACGCAUUAAUCUGCUGCUUGAACCCUAUCCACAGUGUCAUCAGCUGGCGCUUCUCAAUGUGGAGGACGCCUAUCUGAGGAAACAACACGAGUUCAAUAAAACGAUCACUGUGCGACUGGUUACGCAACCAGGAAAUGGCCACUUUGAUGCAACGGUCCUUUCCAAAAAUGAGACCUCGCUGCAAGGAGCUAUCACAAGGAGUGAUCAAUACAAGCACCAAUCAUUUUGCGCCCGAGAAGCUCCCAUCGAGAUUUAUUGCUAUUGUUCAUAG